UCCCGAAGUUAAGAAACGGACCAACUGCGGGUUCCGCGUAUUGCCUCGAGGCUUGGGAAAGGUCCCCGCAGCCCCUGUUUAAAAUCGGGUCUCGAGCCCUGGUGUGCGGCCUCUGCCCUCUGGCUGACACACGGCCUGCUUCCGUGUUAAUGGGAUCCAUCGGGGGCUUUUUCUGGCGCAGAAGUCUGGAUAUUCCACCUGCCAGCCUCGGGGGUAGCCUCAGGAUUUCCUUCUUAGACGUACUGUUAGGACUGCUCCUACUUUCGUUGCUUUUAUUUCUGCUGCUGCAACUACUACUUUUAGGGGUUAGCCGAGCCCAGUCUCUCAGACCCCGUUACUCUAGGUUCCCUGAAAUGACUGCUAUGAAUGUGAUGUUUUUACGGCCCUAAGAAAAGAAGGGGCAAUCUUUACCUAAUGAGCGGCUUUUCUUUCUCUUUCUCCCCAGCUCCGUCUUCCUCCAUUUCCAUACCUUCUCAGAAAAACCCUUCCUUUUAUCAUCUUGUUCAUUCCCUUGUUAGCAAGAUAAUAAUCAGCUUUGGUAUGUGCUCAGUAGAAAUGUAUCCAAGACAUUUUCAUUUGAAAUCUCUUCUGUACCGCUCAGAAAUACAAGUCAGUUAACGUGGUGCCCUGAAAGGAGGCAGGGGUCUCAGGGGCCUGGGAGGCGUUGGGAGAUGUGUCCCCUCCCAUCCCUCUGUGAUGCCAGUGGGCAGGAGUACUUCAGCUGGGAAACUGAGUGUGCCCAAGCCAACCAGUUGCAGGGGGGUGACGGUUUCAGUGAAAGCCUAUGAGUCUCUGCUUCUCUUCAAAUCAGGUGUUUUCUGGCAAAAUGCAGAAGGAGCCCUACCCUUUCAGACGCUCUGCCCGUCUCACCUUCUUCUACCACCCUUCCCUCCCUCAGUCUCCCUCAAUGCCAGAUGGAAGCUCAGGCUGCCCACCUUGGCUGGUAGUUCCUUUGGAAGGUGGAGAACAAAUGGGCCCUAGAUAGUGGCUGAUGCCCUGUGAGCUCUUGAUCCUGUGGCACACUGCACCUUACCUACGAUCUUUUAUUUUAUUUUGUUAUAGCCUUUAUCCUCCCUUUCCUAAGCUUGGCGUUAGCAGCCUUCUCCCAGGUCUUCCCUCCAACCCCAAGGCACAGAGAGAAGAAGGUGGCCUUCUGACUUUGGGGUGGGAUUGAGACUAGAACCCAAGUUAGAACUGUCUCCCAGAAAUCCAGGUCAGUAACAUUAAGGGAGCAAAAGGAUGCUGCUAAAAUGUGCCUUGUACCUGUUUGCUGGGAAUGGGGUGCGGUGUGUAGGAUGAGGUGGGAUUUGCUCCAUGGAUACCGGAGACAGGCUUAUAAUGAAAGAGAAAAAAAAUAUGGGAAAAGGAUUUUGAGAGCUAUGCAAGACCGCAAAAUGAAUCUAAUCCAAGCUGCGUUGUAGGUCACUAAGGUCUUUACGCUCCUCCCUCCCGUGGAAGUCCGCUAGGGCUGCCCUAACACAUGCCGCUGACUGCGUGUCAUGAACAACAGGAAUUUAUUUUCUCUGUUCUAAAGGCUGCAAGUCCAGCAUCGAGAUGAUGGCAGGUUUGGUUUCUUCUCAGGCCUCUCUGCUUAGCUCACAGAUGGUCACCUUCUUGCCACCUCUUCACACGGUCACCUGUCUGUGUUUUCUGUGUCCUCAUCUACUCUUAUAUAUAGGAUUAGGACCCACCCACAUGACCUCAUUUUUCCUUGACUACCUUUUUAAAGGGCCCAUCUCCAAAUACAGUCACAGUCUGAGGUCCUCGGGCUUAGGACUUCAACCUAUGAAUUUGGGUGGGGGAGGGGGGCAAAUUCCGCUCACUUCUGGGGACGAAGAUCGAUGUAUUAUAUAUAUUAUUGACAGAGUUUGGAGAUUUCCCAGCAGUUAACCUCACAGAAGACUAUAGCGCACCUGCAUCUCCUCAUUUUACUCAUUAUUUGCAUAUUUCUGUUGCAGAUGAAACAGACUAUUUGCUUUUUAUUUGACUUUUUAGGUUUUUAAAGCCACUUCUACCAGUUAAUUUAAACUUCGUGGGUCUGCUUCUAAUAAAAUAUGCAAGUCUUCAUAGCUAACAAAAGUAUUUAUUUAAAAGGAUGGAGCAGAUGUUCCCUCUCCCCUGAGGCUGCUGAGGGAGAGAUACCUUUCCACAUUAUAGAACAAGCAAUCUGCUUAAAUGAAGAGUUAAAUUGUGAACUUUCACAAGAAUUUCAGCCCGAUUCUUUGCAAGGCAAAGAUGAAUGAUUCAACACUUUCACUAUUUUGUUUGUUCUGUUGUCUGUUAAUAUACUUCUGUCUUUGGAAGUGUUAUUUUAACAAAGGGGAAUUGCUAAAUUCCUAAAACUUUAAACAUUGUUGCCAUGUUGUGAUAAUUUCUUGCCCUGGUGAUAGCACUGAAAGUCCUUUCUCUGUAUUCCCAAAGUUACAAAAUUACUUAUAUGAUUUAUCUGCCAGUUCAUAAUAUUUCUUUUCUCUCACAUGCAUGAUAGAAUAUUUAUAAUCCUAUGACUUCUCUAUUUUAUUGCCUAACAAAUUAUUUCCUCUUUUUUUAAUUCUUAAAAUAUAUAUAUAUAUUUUUAAUUAGUAGACUAUUUCUUUAAGGCCAGUUUUAGUUUUUCAGAUAAGUUGAGCAGAAAGUAGUUUCUCCUAUUAUUAAAGUUUCUCUUAUUAAUAACAACUUGCAUUGGUGUGGUACAUUUGUUACAAUUGAUGAGCCAGUGUUUCCACGUUAUUCUUAAUUGAAGUCCAUUGUUUAUUUUAGGCUUCACUCUUCGUAUACAGUUGAGUUUUGCUAAAUGCAUAAGGUCAUGUAUCCACAAUUAUAGUGCAUACAGAAUAGUUUCAUUGUCCGGUACUCCACCUCAAAUAAUUUCUUUUCAGUUAACACCACUGUGUGGUGAGAACGCUGUCCUCCCCAUCCCUCUUUGGCUUUCACGGAAAUGAAAUGACUUUUAUCCCACUGGCCCUUUUUCCUUAUUUGUGUAUCUGUCUCCUAAUUUGUAAGGUCUCUGGAGAGUCAGCCCGUGGUCUCCUGAUAAGCGUCCUAAAGCAAUCUUUCUAGAAGCAGUGUGAGGAAGACAGAAACCGCCCCCCUCCCUGGACUGGCCAAGCCACCUGCCCAGCACUGCUGCCAUCAUGCCCAAGAGAAAGGCAAAAGGAGAUGCUAAAGGUGACAAAGGGAAGGUGAAGGAUGAGCCACAGAGGAGAUCGGCACGCUUGUCUGCUAAACCGGCUCCUCCAAAACCAGAACCCCGGCCUAAAAAGGCCCCUGCGAAGAAAGGAGAGAAGCUGCCCAAAGGGAGAAAGGGGAAAGCGGAUGGUGGCAAGGAGGGGAACAACGCUGCAAAGAACCUAGAUGCUUCCACAGUCCAGUCACAGAAAGCAGAAGGCAGUGGGGAUGCCAAGUGAAGUGUACUUCUUUUGAUGGCUCUGUACUUCUAGUGACUCUACUGUUCGAAAUACUAUUUUUCUUUAAUCAAGUUUUAUAAAAAUGUAGAAUUUGGGUUCUGUUUUUUUUUUUUUCCCAAACUUACGUUGUUAGCAUAUAAGACACAUUGUUGUUGUGUUUUGUGGUAAGUGCAAAUACCACUAAUAGAAUGUCUCAGAAGCUGGAUUGAAAUGGGGAAGAUGGGAUCUUCGGUCCUUGUUUUUGAAGAUUAUUCUUGGCUCCCAGGAGAGAUUCUCUGACAUUCACACAUGUCAGCCACUUUGGCUUAGAAGCCUUACAGCAUAGAGGAGCAAAACUUCAUGUCUUCUUUCCUGAUGCCAUCAGCAUAUGCUUGACUUACUGAAAUAGUUGUGAUGUGGCCUUGGCCCCCCUAAAAUCCUGUGUCGGGUAACAGUACUCAGGCUUUCUGGUGAUAACAUCAAGACGGUGUUGCUCUAAAGAAGCCGAGAUUCCUGUUUGUAGGUGGUGGGUCGUCCCACUGAUGGUCUUAAGAGUUUUUAGUUCCUUUCUUCCAUGUCCGAGUUGACCUGUGAAAAGAUCUUACAUGCCUCUUGUGAAAUAUCCACCCCUUCUGAGAACUCCGCCUUUUCAAAACAGCAACAGAAGACUGUUGACUUUUGGGGAAGGGGAGUUUGAAAGUUGUAAAACGUUAUGGAUUGUCAACUAUGUCCUCCUGGAAGUAACUGGUUUUGAAAAGUCUCUGAUAAAGCUGAAUACAAAUUAGCUUGGUGGUAGGGGGAUCAUUUCCUACCCAAAGUCAUAGAGAUAUUCUUUACUGCAUUGUAAACAUCUUAUAGUCUUGCUUUUCACAUUUGUCUUUAGUCUGCUCUGAACUGAUUUUUGUGAAAAGUAGGAGAUAGAAGUUCAAUAUAAUAUUUUUUCCAUAUGGGUAAGUGGUGGUUGUCCCAGCACCAUUCUCUGAAUACUUAAGUCUUUCCCACUGAUCUAUAACACCAGCUCUUUCAUAAAUAAAGUCUCUCUGUGUG